AUGAGGUUCAGCACCGCAGCCCUGCUUCUGCUACUGGCCAGCUGCCUCUCUCCAGGCCACAGUAUCCUGGAGGCCCAUUACACCAGCUUAAAGUGUAGGUGUUCCAGAGUGACCUCAAGCUUUGUCAGCCCAAGCCUCAUAGAGCGGAUUCAAGUUACACCCCCUGGGAACGGCUGCCCAAAGAGUGAAGUCGUGAUCUGGACCAAGAGUAAGAAAGUCCUAUGCAUGAAUCCUCAUGCCAUGUGGCUACAAAGAGUCCUACAAUUCCUACGGAGCAUGUCUUCAACUCCCCCAGCUCCAGUGAGUAAGAGAAGAGCUGCCUGA